CCUUCCCACCGAGUUCGGUUGGCCUUUCCUUUAUAUAAAGCGCACCGGGAUUUUCAGAAGAAUCACAUUCAGCCAUCAAGACUGAACAAUGGUUAACAUGAGCUAUCACCCAUUUUUACUAAAAUACCUAUACUAUCCUAAUCCGAGAGAGUCGAGACGACGAACAAAUAAAAGAAAAAGGAUUCAUUGGGACACGUUAUCUUCAACAACAAAUUGGCAGACUUGAUUAAGCAAGGCUUACUCAAGGUCCAGUGAGCGCCGCGUGGCCGAGCAUCUGUACGUUGAGCUGAGACUGACUGCUGCUGAGUGGCGACAUGACAGCCGAGUGGCUCCACCUGCCGCCGCCGUACCCCCCCGGCGUGGGCCCGCUGUGUGGUGCAGAGUUGGAGGCGUGGUACGAGGACCUGCAGGACAUCCUGGGCUCCGACGCGGGCGGGGCCAAGCUGGCACGCUCUGCCCCGCAGUACGCCGAGGAGCCUGAGUUCCUGGAUGUCCUGGAGAGCUGCUCGCUCACCUGGCUGACGGACGGAGGCCAGACGUGGGCCGAGGGCGUCCAGCGAGUCACCGAGGAGAUCCACACCGCCCAGCCUCUCCACCACGGCUCCACAUCCACCUCCUCCUCAUCUUCCUCCUCCUCCUCCUCCUCCUCCGCCCCCUGCCUGAGCCCGACCGCGGAGGAGCGGCGGUCCGGCGGCGGCGGCGGUGGCGGGGGCGAGGGCCGGCGAGGCGGGGACAGCGACCUGCUCCCCCCGGAGUUCUUCGAGCUGCUGAGCGAGGGAGGGGUGGGGAUGGUGGAUUCGAGCGGCGCGGUGGUCGGCGGUGGCUACCACCAUCACCACCACCACCAGCACCUCAACGACCACCAACACCUCCACCAACACCCCAGCCAGACCCACGCCCAAAACCCCGCCUCGCCGUCCGCCAGCGAAGACGAUCUCCCGUGCGUCCCGGCCUCCCCCUCCUGCUCCUCCUCCUGCGACGACGGCGACUCCUCCUCCUCGUCGGCGCCCCCGUCCCCGGCCCCGAACGGUUCGGCCCCCUCAUCGCCGGCCCCCUCGCCGUCGGUCUACACGCCGUCCGCGGCCGCCCCUCAGCGCCUGGGAAAGCGCCGGAGGAGCAGCAGCGGCGGCGACGGGAGCGGCGCCCCCAACGCCUACGUCUCCUCCUCGUCCUCCUCCAGUCCCCGCUUCUUCUCCUCCUCCUCCUCGUCCGCCACAACCAACAACAACAACAACAACAACACGUCCUCCUCCUCUUCCUCCUCGCCGUCCUCCGCCGCCGCCAAGAAGAGCCGGAAGGAGCGUGAGCAGGAGAACGAGAGGAAGGUGCAGGAGCUGACGGAGCAGAACGAGCGGCUGAAGUCGGAGAUCGACCGGCUGGGCGAGGAGGUGCAGAGGACGCGGCGCGCGCUGAUAGAGCGGCUGGUCAACACCAGGAAGUGAUGCGUUGGGUAGGGGAAGGGGCGACGCGCUCGCUAAGGUAGGCCAGGUUCUGGAUCCGGGAUCGGGCGGGAAAAACGCUGGCGGGGCUUGUAGGGUGUCUUUUGAAAUGCAUCCGUCGACACGACGAAGGUUGAAACCAAAGACUUGUUUUGUUUUUGUUCCAAAAUGAAGGUAACCGGAGAGAGAUAGUGAUGUUAGGAAAGAAUGAUGAAAGUGGUCGAGGGAAGAGGGCUGCAGCGGCAUUGCGGCAAAUGGAGAGAGAGAGAGAGAGAGAGAGAUGGAGAGAGAGAGAGGGAAAGACUGCAUGCAAGGAAACGAGAGGUUAAACUUUGAAGGGAAAACGAUGCAAUGCUUCUGAUAAGUGCAUUUAGAUUGUGAAAAAAAAAAAUACAAUCAAUUUCCAAUUGAAGCGUUGCAAAAUUCAGCACGUGCAAAAGCCUUAGUGUCUUGUAUAAAAGCAACGGAACCGAAGUUGAGGUUGGGUUGAUAGAGGAUGUAGAGAAUGCAUUUCAUUUCCACCAUCUUGCAAUAAAUUGUAAUACAUUGGUUAAGGGCUACAACCUGGCUCAAAGAGAUUACUUUCCCCAUAAUUAUGAGAAUUAAAAGGAGCUCAGGAAAAGUUGAAGUACUCAGUGAAGGCGGUUUUUUGUGGAAGAUAAAUUCCUUAUUUUGUUUUUUAGUAACCCCUUGUGUGUAAGUGUGUUUGCAUUUUAUUUGAGUAGGACCCAGCUAUACUUUCUAUGCUGACCUUUUUAUAUACAAUUAUUAGUAGAAUUCCUGUGCAUUACUCAAUCCCGAUUUACUAUUUUUAUAUAAUCUUGUAUGAUAUCUAAUUGUAAUGUAACACACUGUAAUUAAGAUAUCCCCUUUACCUAUUCCUUGUAGUCACUAAGAUGGUGAACUGCAGCCUUACUUGCAUGGUGUUUUGUAAUGACUUCUUAUGUCUUUUACCAUUGCCAAGUUUGGUUUCAUGUAAUCUUUUCUUUUGCAAUAAAAACAAUUCAAUUGU